CAUCAGGUUGUGCCGUUUCUGGCAGCGAAUCUGCCUUUCCGGCAGCAGAGACGACAGCUGCUGGUUGCAAGGCGAUCUAGAAUCCAAAUAUGGCAGGGCGCUGUCAGUGUCACAGGGACCGCUGACAGUGCAGCAGAAAUCGGGAACGCUCUGCAAAGGAGAUUCUAACUGUUGGCGCCGCAGAUCUUCCUUGAUUCUUUGGUCUUCGUGCAGUGCUGGGCUGGUAGCGGGGACGUCCUGUGGCUUGCAGUUGUUGGCGGCAAGCUAAGCACGGCGAUGCAGUCACUGCAGGAGCAGGCCUCUCAGAAAAGCGGUGUGCCACUGGAUGAAGCAUUUCAGGUCGACGCAGUGAACCUGUAUGAGAGGCUGGGGCAUCAGGUUUUCAUCGAUUUAUCAACGAACUUUUACACCCGGGUCUAUGACGACAAGGAGACCUGGUUUCGGGACAUCUUCGCAAACUCGACCAGAGAGCAUGCCACUCAGAACCAGUACGAGUUCUUCAUCCAAAGACUCGGGGGCCCUCCUCUUUACUCCCAACGGAAAGGUCAUCCCGCGCUGAUUGGGCGCCACGGCCCAUACGCCGUCACGGAGCGAGCGGCGCAGCGGUGGCUCGAGCACAUGGACGAGGCGCUGGACGAGACGGCCGGGAUCGACGAAGACUCGCGGCAGCGGCUGCGGAACUUCUUCAGACAUACGGCCUACUUCUUGGUAGCGGGAAAAGAGCUAGUCAACCGGAACCGCCUUGUUGGCUACGGCGGAAAACACACAGGCGGAGCCUAGGCGGCAGUUGCAGUGAUAUCGUUUAGUUGAGUACUGCACUCAAUUUUGCUCAUGAUCGAUCGAGUUGCCGUAAAAUCUGACCGGCCCGAGUUGACCCAGAACAGCUUCCUACCAUACAGCCUGAUCAUUCACUCACAGAGCAUUCAAAGCAUCUCUAUCAGUGUGCGAUGGUGUCCUCUUUCUCUGAGGCUCAGUCGUUUGCGGACAUGAUUCGCUGCAAGCCAAACCAUACACAAUGCAGAAUGUAUGAAGACUCGCCACGUCUCUUACAGGUAUACAAGUUCGCAAAUGGUUCACGACUUGAAGUCUAACAAGCUAGCCUUUUCAAGCAUGCCAGCGGCCCCGCCUCAUUCUGUUGCACUCUUGCGCAGUUUGCG